CAUUACAAAUCGGCCAAUCAGAAGCAGGCAUGAAACAAACCACGAGCUGAGAGUUUUUACACAACAGAAGAAUCCUAUUGUCAGGAGUGUAACGUGCCAGAAAAUAAUUUGCAGUAUUAUUUUAUUCUCAAGAACCUUAAUCAUAGUUUUUUAUCUCAAUAUUUUUUCUCACAGGAAAUAUAUCUAGAAUAAAACAACUUUGAGCAUUAUCCGAAGUAAACCUGACUAAACAGCAAUGAGUGAGUCCGAGCCAGCAACAUUUGCUUCUGUUGAACAAGAGAGAGACUACUGGAAGGAGCAGGCUACCAAAUACCAGCAGAGGGCUGAGGAGGCACAGGAGGAGCUGCAGGAGUUUCAGCAGAUGAGUCGAGACUAUGAGGUGGAGCUGGAGGCAGAGCUGAAGCAGUGUGACGCCCGUAACCGCGAACUCCUCACAGCCAACAACAGACUCCGCAUGGAAUUAGAAAACUACAAGGAGAAGUAUGAAACGCAACAUUCGGAGGCAGUCAGGCAGAUCUCGACUCUAGAAGGAGAACUGGCAGAGACCACCGCCAUCAAGGACCAACUGCACAAGUAUAUCCGGGAGUUAGAACAGGCUAAUGAUGACCUGGAAAGAGCUAAGAGGGCUACUAUAAUGUCACUUGAGGACUUUGAACAGAGAAUGAAUCAUGUUAUAGAGAGAAAUGCCUUCCUUGAGAGUGAGCUUGACGAAAAAGAGAAUCUUCUAGAAUCAGUACAGAGAUUAAAGGAUGAAGCCAGAGAUUUAAGACAGGAGCUGGCUGUUCAGCAGAAACAGGAGCGCAAGUCCUCAAUUAGCCUCUCUAAAGAUGCAGAGAAGCCAGAGGCCACACCCGCAAGACCCUCUUCUGUUGUUAACUCCGCCCUCCCAUCUCUCCUCGCCACACCCUCCAGACCUCCAGGCUCAGGGAGUGCAUUCAACACCCCCUCAGCUUCCUACAGCAGAAUUGAAGGUCUGACUGGAACUCCCCUUACUACAUCUGCACGGAUAUCUGCCCUUAACAUUGUUGGAGAGUUGUUGAGGAAAGUCGGGAACCUCGAAUCAAAGCUGGCAUCAUGCCGAGAGUUACACGUCCAUGAGAAAACACCCAGCCGUGCAUCAAUUGGCCAGAGUACACCGAGCAUUUCACGGGAAACCUCAGAAAUCCCAUCCAACACAAAUGGCCUGUAUGAUAAGGGGAUGGUGAAACGGUUGGACUUUGGAACAGGAUCCAAGAUAAUGCUAUGAAUAAAGCGUGCCAUCAUUUGGAAAACCAGUAUUCCUAAUACAUUAAUAUGAAAAUGCUUUAUUUUCAGGAGCUGAAACAUAUCUUAUGCCUCAAGUCUUCCACUAUCUGAGAAGGGUUCUGCUUUUACACUCAUAUCAACCCUGUUAUUGUGUCUAUAAUAACUGUUUACCAGCUCUCUGGCCUGUGGGCUGAAACUGCUACCUGUUGUUUGGCUAUUGCGUUGAAGAUUUGCAUUGUGUUUUGCAGAUGUACUAACUCUUAAUUUCACACUGUUUGUUUUUUAUUUUUGUUUGUGUUGUUUUUAGGUAUCUAAUGAUUAUAGCAGUUUUGAAAUCUGCACUGUAAUCUUGAUUUGCUCUUUUUGGGACCAUAAAUUGGGAGAGUCCAUAGAUUCACCUCUGCAACCCCAUUAUAUUUGGCACUAAACUACUGAUCAAUGUCCUAUGAAACCUCUACACGUGCUUAUUGUUGGUCACUGGACUGGAGCAAUGUUGACAGCAGAUUCAUUUUUUUUAAUGCAGAAAUACCUGGUUUUAUUUUUUUAGAAACUAGCAUUUUGAUGAAAUGAGUUUGUUACUAAUGGAAUGUCAUGUCUUUAGUGUUUAGAGUUGCAAAUUAUGUUACAAGGAGGUUGGUGAGAUGUUGUGAGCAGCUGCUGUUCAUAUUGUUGUCUCAAAGGGGCUGAUGUAAGUAACCAACAGUAGCUGAACUGUUUAUGCAUGAUGAAAACCUUUUUAUUUCUAGUAAUAUCUAUUGAACUCCUCGUUUGAACUGUUAGUGCCAUCUUUGAAUUCAAAGAUUUUUCUUUUUUCUUUUUUCUGUACAGUACAGUACUGGAGAGUAGUUGCUAUCAUAUCAUGCUCUGAACUUGAAUUUAUUGUGCCUUAAUUUUGUGGCCAUAUGAAGCUUUGCCUCAAAGUUAACUUGUGUAUUGGGGAACUUACUAGCCUGAAAGGGAGUUGCAGCUUCUCUUGCUAUUCAUCCCAAUGUAUUAAUUCCCUGAUAUUUCAGGGAUUCCAAAAUGAAGAGAAAAUUGAAUUCUGAGUGGAGUUCAAUCCCUUAGUUUUCACUUUUCUCUCAUUUUUGAGUUGUAGAUUUAGUCGAGUAACAAGCAAUAUGAAUACUUCAGUGAAGGGUACAGAUAUUUUUAUGUUAAAAAUAGAAAUGCAAAGAAAAGAAAUGAUACAUUAUUUUAUCCACUUUGCCUAGAGGUACUAAUGAACAAUUAUAGAAAUAGAGAAUGAUGGUUGAUGGGAAUACUUAGCACAUAUUAUUAUUGCACCAUCUCAGGGCCUCGUGUAAGCAAUAACCUCAGUAAAGAUGUCUUUACAGUCCAAAUUCUGUAUUUGUCUCUAUAUGCACAAGGCAUGCACAGUUGCCACUUGUAUAAUUGUCAACAUGGGUUUUCUUCGCUAUUAAUGAACCUAAACAUCUGCAAUGUCCAUGCAUUCCUCAGCAAAGGCAGUGCUUGGUUUAUCCUGUCUGUAAAACCAUUUUAUUGUAGGUUAAUCCAUAACCUACAAAAUAAAUGUCUAGUUAACAGGA